UUCGUUACUCUUUUUCAUAUAUAUAUAUAUCCUUUAAACAUUACAACAAAGUAGAAAACUCAAACUUAUACUAUAUAUGACUACAGUAAAACAUUAUAUGGCGACCACAAUUCAAGUAGAAGAUAAUACUCAACAUAUGACUAACAAUGAAGAACAAGAUUCAAUCAUAAACGAUCAAUAUAAGAACGAAGACAAUAAAAAGAAUGGAAAUACACAUAGUGCCUUAUUUCCAACUCCACAAGAUAGGCGAAAAUUCCUUAUUAAACAACUGAGAGCCUUUGCUUUGAUGAUGCUUAUUGAUGUUGGUUUACCAUUGGCUAUUUAUUAUGUACUCAAGAUGUAUGUCAGUAUGGUGGUAGCUUUAGUGUUAUCUGGUCUUCCUCCUCUUAUCAAGGUGAUAGUGAAAUUCAUUCGAAAAAGAAAAGUGGAUGCUCUUGGAUGUAUAUUUGUGUUCUCAUAUGUUCUUUCUGGUAUUCUAUCUCUGAUUUCUGGUGAUGCUCGACUUGCUCUUUUACGUGACUCCACAGUGACCUGUGUUAUUGCUAGUGUAUUUCUAAUAACACUUGUACCUCUCAAUACAAGAUGGAUUGUAGUUCGACCUUUGACAUACUUACUUGGACAAUCAAUGAUAUCUGAACUCCCACCGAUACGAUGGACGGAUAAGGAUGGGAUGAAACAGGAACAACCACUCUUUGAAUUCUUAUGGAGCCAUGUACUUGUAUUCCGUAUUCACAAUUAUGUGUUGACUAGUCUAUGGGGGAUUUGCUUGAUGGGUGAAUUUAUUGCCAAAUUACUUAUGAUCAGAAGUUCCAUGUCCGUGGAUGAUAUUGUCUGGGUCUCUACCGUGAUUGUUAUUGUAGUUGUAGUUGUUUUGAGUGUCAUCAGUACUAUUGGUAGUGGUAUUAUUCGUAGGCGCGCUCAACGUAUUGUACCUGAAUGGCGGAAACAAAAUGACUUUACUGAUCUGUAUGAAACAAGUGAUGAUUCUAGUCCAGGAAAAGGUCAAAAUUCUAUGAAGAAAACAACUACAAACGAAAGUGUGGCCAAACUAGUUUAGAUCCCUUUUUUUUAUGAUAUCUCUUUUUAUUGUAUUUUUAGAAUUAUAUGUAUUAGUAAAUAAAUGAAUCAC